AUGCUUUCUUAGAUAAAAGUGUUAGAAUUUGCUGGUUUGGCCCCCACUGUAUUUAUAGGCAUGGUCCUAGCCGAUUAUGGAGCAUAGGUCACAAUACUAUCAAGACAUGACUCUCAACCUUAAAAUAGUCCCAUGAAUAGAGGUAAAAAAAGCAUGACAUUCGACCUAAAAAAUAAAUAAGACAUUGAAAUUGUUAAACAUAUGAUUAAAGACAGCAAUAUAUUAAUUGAUCCUUAUCGUCCAGGAGUCUUGGAGAGACUGGGAUUAUCAUAUAAGAUUUGUUCAGAGAUUAAUCCUAAAUUAAUAUAUUGUAGAGUCACUGGUUUUGGCUAAAAUAGUCCAUUAAAAGAAAAGGCUGGUCAUGAUAUAAAUUUUAUUUCCUAUGGAGGAGUUCUUGGAUAUUGUGCUAGUACUGGAUCUUAAAAAAGACCUGCUAUUCCAGGGAAUGUCAUUGGAGAUUUUGCAGUGGGAGGAAUGCUAGGAGUGGCUAGUAUUUUAGCAGCUUUAAUUAAUGUUUAAAAAGGUGGGAGUGGGUAAUAAAUUGAUUUGGGAAUGGCUUAAGGAGCUGCAUAUCUAAGUUAAUUUAUUUUACAUUAAAAAAAUGAGAAACUCUGGUCAAAUGGAAUUGGUAAUAAUGUACUUGAUGGAGGAACUCAUUUUUACAAUAUUUAUUAAUGUAAGGAUGGAAAAUUUAUGAGUGUGGGGUGUUUAGAGGAAAAAUUUUAUUAAGAAUUUGUAAAAGGUUUAAUUGCAGGUGGUCUCAGUCAAUAAAGAGGUUAAUUUAUAUUGGAAAACUAAUUAAAUUAGGCUGAAUGGGAGAAUUUAAAAUAAGAAAUAUCAACACUAUUUGAAAGCAAAACCAGAGAUUAAUGGGAAAAAAUCUUCGAUUAAUUUGAUGCUUGUGUAUCCCCUGUAGUAGAUUUGGAGGAAUAUGAAACCAAAAAUUAUUUGGGAGAAAAUGUGUUUGUUAAAAGGAAUGGUAAAAUUGAAGUUAAUGGAUAACCCAUAUUUUCAGAUUAUCAGUUUUAAUUUAAAGACAUUCCAAAGAUUGGUUAGCACAAUAAUGAGAAACCUAGGUUAUGAUUUUAUUUAUCAAGUUAUUAUAAAUUCAU